GCUUCAUAAUCUCUCUCUCUCUCUCUCUAUAAGAUCGUUUCUCAGUCCUUUCAGAAAAUGCAGGUUACGAGAAACCUUUGAAGAGAGAGAGAGAGAGAGACGGAGGGGACUUGGCUUUCUUGUUCAAGAUUUCUCAUGCAGCUGAGAUCUUCGAUGGUCAGAUUCAAGCAUUUUCGAUUUGGGUAAGGUUGUCUCACAUGUAUAUAAUGCACGAUCAGGUGACAAUUUGGGGUACAAGCUAGCAAGCUAGUAACCAUACUAUUUGCAAAUAAAAAGAAAUGGCAUCAGAUGCUGGAAAUAGCCCAUGUAAUUAACAUCACUCUCCAUUGAAUUUAAAUUUUUUUUUUGAGCAAUUGAUUUAAAAUGGAAGUUGCCGGAGUGGAAAAUGUCGGUUGCGACGACCUCAAAUUAGAACCGCCGUUCACGGGGCAACUGCCAACGGGGGGACCGCUCACGGAGCAGCCGUCGUCGUCAUCUCUCCGCAAACAAAACUCGAUCCUGUCGCUCACCCUUGAUGAGAUCCAGUACAGAAGCGGCAAGACCUUCGGCUCGAUGAACAUGGACGAGUUCCUAGCGAGCAUUUGGAAUGUCGACGAAAACCAGUCGUUGCCGUGCCAGAAUGAGGCUCCUCGCGCUAACACAAAUGCGGCUGGCCAAUCGUCUCUGGCGAGACAAGGGUCAUUCUCGAUCCCGACCCCGCUUUGCAACAAGACUGUGGACGAGGUGUGGGACGAGAUACACAAGGGCCAGGGCCGCACCCUGAGUAACGAAAACAACACCAUCCUCAACGACCAUGAACCGCCUAGGCGGCAACAAACCUUCGGCGAGAUGACCUUGGAGGACUUCCUGGUCAAAGCCGGGGUUGUGCAAGAGUCUCCCCUGCCUAAGGCGACUCCACCACCGCAGCCGCCUGUUCACAAGAGGAACUUGAUGGACCCUUCUCCAUCUUUGGACGCAGGACUCGGGAUGAGAAGUGCGAGCGGGUAUGGAUACCCCAACACGCCUCAAGGCGGCGGGAACAACUUCCCGGGCAAUGGAUACCCCGGGUUCCAAAUGUACCCGCCCACCGCCAGGUACAUGGGGGAAUGUGCGAGUAGUGUCAUGAACGAGCGAUGCCAGAGCUUGGCGGAGGCGGUGGGGCUGAAGAGCCGGAGGAUAAUCGACGGUCCACCAGAAGUAGUGAUUGAGCGAAGGCAGCGACGGAUGAUCAAAAACCGGGAAUCGGCUGCGAGAUCUCGAGCCAGGAAACAGGCAUACACAGUUGAGUUGGAAGUAGAACUCAAUCAACUUAAAGAAGAGAAUGAGAAGCUCAAAAAGAUUUUGACGGAGAGCGAGCAUAAACGCAGGAAGGAGAUGAUGAUGAAAUGGAAACUGCCGACCAAGGCAGAGAAGGCUGCCGAGAAGUUCAAGUCAAUGAGGAGGACAGCGAGCAGUGCCUGGUGAAGGAACGCCAUAUUUAAAGAAGAUGAGGUCAAAGUUGUAGCGGUUCUGGAUUGGGAAUAAGUUGAUUGUCAAAAAUACAUAAAUAUCUAUAUGAAUAAAUAUAUUUCACAUAUACAGUAGAUAUCAUGAUGACAGCGAGUUCUGUGUAAUGCUGUUGCGAUUUGCAUGCAUGCACAAGCAGAUAAAAAA